CUACUUGUUAGGGUUUUACGAGGUUUUUGCGAACACAGGGCGAAGGAACGCAGAAGAAGUGAUGCAGAGAUCGGCUCACACUCUCCUCCGACCUCUUCGAUCUCAUCGAAACUUUUCCUCUUCGACCCCCGAAGACGUCGUCGCCUCCGUUCUCUUCGAACGCCUGCCAGUUGUCAUCCCCAAAAUCGACCCCGUGGUCUACGCGUUCCAAGAAUUCUCGCUUCGAUGGCAGCAGCAGUACAGGAGGAAAUACCCUGAUGAUGUUUUAGGAAAGGGUGAUGCUAGGGGGAAGGGGGAUUAUCAAAUUGAUUAUGAGCCGGCUCCAAGGAUCACAGAAGCCGACAAGAAAAAUGAUCGGAGGUCAUUGCAGAGAGCACUUGAUAGAAGACUUUAUCUUCUCCUUUAUGGUACCUCAUAUGGAGCUCCUGACAAGAAGCCUGUUUGGCAUUUUCCCGAGAAGGUUUAUGAAAACGAAGAAACUUUGCGAUUGUGUGCAGAAUCCGCAUUAAAAUCUGUGCUUGGAGGACUGCUGAAUACAUAUUUUGUUGGAAACGCUCCCAUGGCUCAUAUGACAAUAGGUCCAACAGAAGAUUUACCAGACACUCCAUCAUUUAAGCAAUUCUUUUUCAAAUCGCAAGUAAUCGGGACCAGCAAAUUAAGUAUUGGGAAUUGCGAGGAUUAUGUCUGGGUGACAAAGGAUGAACUGAUGGAAUAUUUUCCAGAAAAAGCUUCAUUCUUCAACCAGAUGAUCAUUAGCUGAAGGCAAUCACAGAGCUGAUAUAAGAUGCAUCUUUAAGCAAUGUAGGUAUAGACCCCCAUCGGUGUGAGUUUUGAGGACAAACUUUAACUUCAGUGAUCCUGGUUGAAACCAUGUGUUCUUUGCUAUGGAAGUAUUUAUUUGUCAGCAGAGACAUCCCGAGCUGGAAGUUUUUUUUUAUAUCAUCUGUAGUCAGGAAAUUCUUCAUUGUCGAUUCAGUAGAUGACCACAACAGAGUAUGCUACAUCCCUGUGUUAAUAAUCCUGAAACUUGAAUAUCCAACUUUGUAGAUCUCUGCCAGACUAUUUGAGAACUGUUAGUUUAUUUAAAUUUUCACUCCGGCA